AUCUAAUUGUUUAUUCCCGAUUUGAAUAUUGGCAUUCUUAUAAACUAACGUUGUAUGGUGUUGGGACUAUAUAUCCGACGAGGAUAUAGAUGGCGCCACAACGUAGUUCCUAAACCAUUCCAUGAUCUACUUCCCCUAAAUUUUUCACAUAUCCCAUCACUCUAUCAGAAUAUAUCUCAGAGUCUACUAGCACUACGGCGAAUGAACAUGAACUAUAAAUAUUUAAAAAACGUCAGAAGUUAAAUAGUCCUCAAUCAUAUUUGUUUCGGUAAAACUAAGACGUCCGACCGUGUGUGCUAGGAAUGUGCGUUUAUAUUUCCGUGUUGGCAACACUUAUGUUUAUUAUAAUACGACGUAACAAUUUUCAAAUGGGAAUAUUUCUAUGUUUAUAUUUAUAAUACAUAAUGGAUACGCAACGGUAAAAAUAUCAAGAUCGUUUAAGUUAUUACUAAAAUGACAAGUGAAUAAGGAUACUUUGCUAACUUAGGACAGGACUAAUGAAGGUGAAUUCUUUAACAACAGUGCCCACGUGUAAGAAGAUAGUUAAUUAAAUACUAAGAACUUGGAUAUUUAUAUCAGACACGAAAACUAAUUAAUCUUCAUAGAUAUGGAAUGUGCAUUUGUCCGAACCUAAUGUGAUCCAGAAAACAAUCAACUAUAAGAUGGGUAUAAUGAAAGAGCCUCCGAGGAAAUAGUUAGUGAUCGCGAGCGGGGUCUUAGAGGAUAAUCCGAAAUCAAUGAGACGUGGUCGGGCAAGUUAGAAUAUGGUACUGUUACCGCCAUGUACUCCCGAUAUUUGCGGCAAGGACUUUAGGAAUUCCUUGAAGAAGCCGAGCCCUAACUACCCGUAUGGGGAUAAGGCUAAGAAAUGCCGGGUCGUUCCGGCCUUUACGAUACAAGCUAUGCAGAAAAACACCAAAGUUAUGCCUCCGCCGAAGUGUGGCGUCUACGAUCCUUUACCUCCGAAGCCGACCAUGUUCCGAAGAUGCUACCAAAGGGGCGAGUUCCCAGUGUCUAUAGAGUUCACAUCGGUCGGAAAACGGCUGACAUGGAAGGUACCGAUAGAAAAGCUGGAUUUCCACCACUACCUUCCGAUGUUCUUUGAUGGGCUCGCCGAGGGUACAUAUCCCUACAACUUUAUAGUGGAACGUGGGAUAAACGAUCUCGUCACCAAGGGAUCGUACAAGAUUCUACCAGUCGUACCACAACUCAUUAUACCUAUUAAAAAUGCUCUCGCAACAAAGCGGCCCUCGGUCCUGUGCCAUGCUCUCAAAUGCAUUCAGAUGAUCGUGACCGGCAGCGACAGGGUCGGCGAAGCUCUCGUCCCAUACUACAGACAGAUAUUACCAACGCUCAAUUUAUUCAAGGACAGAAACCGUAAUAUGGGAUCCGGUAUAGAUCAUACGACAACUCGCGGAGAGAACGUUGCUGAUCUGAUCGAGGACACGCUUCAGAUCCUAGAGAGGUACGGCGGUCCGGACGCUUUCAUCAACAUCAAGUAUAUGAUACCCACAUACGAAUCCUGUGUGCUGAACUAGAUGUUGUCAUGAAGCUCUGUGCCGGUAAUCCUAACCCAUUUAGUUUAAACCGUCGCAAUAUUCAAUAUAAUUAGCACCAUACAAUUUGUCAGAUGAUUUCAAAAUUCCUAAUUUUAUAUUUCAUAUACCCUGACCUUAAAAUCCAAUAAACCAAUCAGAGCGCUGAAUAGAGUAACUAAUUAAUAAUUUUUUGAUUUAUUUUUUACAAAGUUGGCACAACUUUUGUAUCAUUUUAUUAUUCCAAAUUAUACAAAUUUCAUAUGUUAUAUAAAAACAAGACUAAGUGCUCGUGGCAAUUAGGCAUUCAGACAUAAUGUGUUCUAUAUUUACGUCACAUGUUCCUUUAAUAGAAUAUUCGCUUUACAUUUGCAUAAUUUGCUUCAUUGUUACUAUGGCGCCACCAUAUUUGUUUAUAUAAUUGUUAUAAACAUAUAUCAUUUGUUAUAUCAUAUUGUUAAUUUACUAAGUUUUAGGAUGUUGUGUCCUUGUUUUGUUACUUUUUACAUAAUUUGUAUAAAAAUUUAAUUUAGCUCCUACCAAAUUAAUGUAGCGCGGCUUAGAGAUGGAUCGCUUAGACGCCACAAGUUGAAUUAAAAUUCCGCGCAUUAAGAAUUUCUAAGUGGAUGUGCUUCUAAUGAAUUGUGAAUGUCAUCGGUCCAUAUAUUGUGAUACUCAUUAUGUUAAUUUGUUUUUAAUGUUGUAUUGUUUUUAUUAUUGUUUCGUAUUCAUAAAUUUCUUUUGUUGCUAUUUAUCAAUAAAUUUGCUUGCUUGUAA